AUCAUGUCGCCUCCUUGUCGCCUCUGUCGCCCUCCGUUCCCCUCAACACCACGGCACCCCGCAUUCUGCCGUCUCACUACCGACGGGUUUGGCUUCGUGCAGCCGCUCAGUGCGUCUCUGCAGUUUCUGCAUCGGCCUUUUCUUCUCUUUCCUUGCAAGCUCUUGCCUCCCCGUCUUUCCUGCACCGCGGACACUGUUGCACGCAUGCAUCUUGAUCUGGCUAAACUACCCUCGCCACGCGCUCAACAUGUCUAUAGCAGAUCAACAGCUCACCUCUUAGGCCUCGUCUAUUCCCUCGCUAUUCGAUGUGCAGUCAUUUGUGCGAUCCAUUGAUACCCACAACGCUGGUCAUCUGCCAACCUGUGGGGUGUAGCACCGCGCCGCUCCCCAUCCUACCGACCGGCUGUGCAGUGAAUUCGCCACUUGGACCUGCCACAGACUUUGGCCAGCGGGGUGCCAUUCGGCCACUGCAGCAGUAUGAUUUGUUUUCCCCGCGCCGGACAUUCAUCCACUACACAAACUCUCGGUGGCGGACCCGCACGUGGCAUCAGUUCAUUGUGGCGGCUUUCUGGAAGCCGACCCAAGAUUCUAGCGCCCGACAUCCGCGUAAUUAUCGAACCCCAUCGUCGGGACGGUUUGCCAUCUUCAGGGCACCUCCCCCGUUGCCUCGUACUAGACCCAUGUAUCUCCAUGUACCCCCGCAUGGGAUCCGUGAGCUUUGGUAUUGGGUCCUUCUAGUCGAGUUGAGAGAUUGAGGUCUAGAAACCGUUUCUAGAGCUUCAAAGACCUGGGGGAAGCUUCUCGUCUCACCGUACGCCCAUUACAUGGUUUCAACGCCCACGGAGAUGCUCUGCCCACGGAGAUGCUCUUUCCACAGUUCGGUCACGCUCGGCGAACU